AUGACAUGGAAGGCAAGGCAAAACACACGGAAAGACCAUGCAGCAUCUUGGCUAUCUUAUGGUUCCGUUUCAGACGCUAUUGUUGCAACAAUUUUCAACAGGCAAGGUGACCGGGGUUUGCUCUCAGUGACAAGCUUCAAAAUAUCACCGAGAGAUCCGCCGGUCCAAAAUCGGAGCCAUUACAACAUUCUCAGACCACACCUCCUCCAAAGCAUCAGAUAUCAUGAAUGA